CUUCUAUAUGUACCAAUGAAGAAGUAUCCUAAGCAUCUGUUCAGCGGAAUUACGCAAUUGCGAUGUGGGCAUGUGUUCGGACCUGAUUUUCAGUGGGUUGCUGGAAAUCUAAAUAAAAAAUUUUGUGCUUUCAACAACCCUUCCCCUACAAUAUAUCACUACCUUUUUGAAUGUUCAAAAAAUCUGAAUGCCAGAAUAAUUGCUGGUAUUGAUUCUUUCAAAUUUGGUUUUGAAAGGUCGAUCCAACUAAGGCGACUCUUAGGUACAAAAGAGGGACUUCAAAUGUUGAUUUGUUUCUUGGGAAAAACAUGGGAUUUUAGGUCUUAACGCUGCUUCCUGCUAAUCUGAUUUGUGUAGGUUUUCUUCCUGGAAACAGGUUUCCCUACAGUUUGUUUAGAAUUAAGAAAUCGGUUUUCAUAGUUUUUACAUAGCGGUUAUAGUCACCAUAUUGGUCUUCGAGUCCCUUAUGGCUGGUUCGCGGUCAUAGAAUAAAUAAAAAAAAAUAAAAAAUAUUGUUAAUACCAGAUGGUUGUUUUGUUGCAACAAUUUUUUCUUUCCUACAGGUUACAAUUCAUUUAAACGAAUGUCCAUAUUAGUUAAUAUAUAAAGCGAGAACAAUAAGAAAUAAGAAUAAUUAAAAUAACAGAAAAAU